AUGGAGUUGCUCACUCGUUGCUCGCGUCUCCCCUUUAGUGCGCGCCAUCAGUUAUGGCUAUUCGGCAGCUGUCGUGGCCUUCGCGAUUUCCCCAUCAAAGUUUUGUGCCGCAACCAAAAGUUCGUGCGCAAAGCUGCGGGAAAUUAUUACGAAGUGGAGCGGGAGUGGAAUUUGGGCAUCGUGCUCCAACCUUCGGAAGUCAAGUCGCUGCGCAACCGCAAUGCGGAUCUAUCCACAGCUUUUGGAGCUUUCUACAAGCACGAGCUGUUUCUACACGACUUAAACAUUCCAGUAUGGCGUCAGGGACUUAUAGGUCGACCAGAGCCAACGCGAGUGCGUAAGCUGCUGGCAAACCGCUCGGAGCUCAAGAAACUACAAGAAUUUGCCAAUCGACCUAACGCACAACUCAUUCCGAUGCGGAUCGAGGUCGGCAACACUGGCUGGAUCAAAGUCAUCAUGGCAGCAUGCUUCAAACGUGGACAGAUUGACAACCGCAGACGUGACGACGAACGAGAAAUCAAACGCCAACUUCGUGAUUGGUAA